CGGCGGCCUCUCCGCAGCCCGGUGGUCGCGGCAGUUCAAGACAAAAGGCGUGUUAGGCUGCUGGGCCAGCAGGUGCCAUCAUGGCCGAGAAAGUGAACAACUUCCCGCCGCUGCCCAAGUUCAUCCCGCUGAAGCCCUGUUUCUAUCAAGACUUCGAGGCGGACAUCCCCCCCCAGCACCUCAACAUGACCAAGCGGCUCUACUACCUCUGGAUGCUGAACAGUGUCACACUGGCCGUGAACCUGGUGGGCUGUCUCGCGUGGCUCAUCGGAGGCGGGGGAGCCACCAACUUUGGCCUCGCCUUUCUCUGGCUCAUCCUCUUCACACCCUGCUCCUACGUCUGCUGGUUUCGGCCCAUUUACAAGGCCUUCAAGACCGACAGCUCCUUCAGCUUCAUGGCGUUCUUCUUCACCUUCAUGGCCCAGCUGGUCAUCAGCAUCAUCCAGGCCGUGGGCAUCCCCGGCUGGGGCGUCUGCGGCUGGAUCGCCACCAUCGCCUUCUUCGGUACGAACGUGGGCUCGGCGGUGGUGAUGCUCAUUCCCACGGUCAUGUUCACGGCCGUGGCCGUCUUCUCCUUCAUUGCUCUCAGCAUGGUUCAUAAAUUCUACCGGGGCAGCGGGGGCAGCUUCAGCAAAGCCCAGGAGGAGUGGACCACGGGGGCGUGGAAGAACCCGCACGUGCAGCAGGCCGCCCAGAACGCAGCCAUGGGGGCGGCCCAGGGGGCCAUGAACCAGCCGCAGACUCAGUACCCCGCCACCCCCAACUACACGUACUCCAACGAGAUGUGAGCCGCACGGCUGCGGCCCGCGGGGCAGGGGGCUCAAGCCACAGCGUCCGCUGUGGCGACCAAGCAGGGUUCCCCCUUCCCUCUCCUCCCCCGCCUCCUCCUCCCUCUUUGUACAGAGUCAGAGUUAUAUAUAUAUCUCUCUCCACGUAUCUCCGUGCCCGUCUGCGUCUGUCCCCCGCCCCCCGAGCCGGGGGUGCUGCAGGGGCGCUGUCCCGGGCGGCGGUAGCCGCGUCCGUGUCUCCUUGUGAAGUAGUGUGCCGUGGAGGUCUUUUGUCGUGGUGCUAGAUGUAUGUUUAGAACUAAACCAGCCCCCCACCCUCCGCCUGGCCACCCCCCCGACCCUGGCCCCGGGACUCCUCGUGGGGCUGGGGAGGCAUCUCAGAGAGCCCGGCGCGCUCUGCCCUGUACCACAGCGGUGACCGUCUCCACCAUGGAUCUCACGGGGCAGCUCCUGGUGGUGGCGAUGGGACAGGCAGGGGCCCUUCCGGGCUCCUCCUGCCCUGGGUCCCCUCCCCUGCUGGCGGCUCCCCUGCACCGUCUUCCCUCCCCUGGCGGCUUUCCUUUGUCUCCCCGGUGUCUCUGCUCCUUAGACUGAGCCCGGAUCUCCAAUCUGAUCUGAUUUGCACAUCCAGGAAGCUGACAGGGCCUGAGCCAUAUGUGGGCGGGACACAGCUGGACAUGCCCAGCCCAGGGAGCCCAACGCAGGGGCGGCCUCUUUGGCCCUGAGCAGAGGCCUCUCUUCCCUUCUCUGCUCCCCCCACCCCAUCUCCCCAAGCCCCUCGAGCUCCGCUCUGUAUGUGCGUCUUCCCCAGUCCCUGCAGCUGCUGUGUCCUGUCUCCCCGACCCGCACACUGCCUUGCUGGGGCUGGGUGGUGGUAGCAGGUGUCAGGCGCAGAGGCACAGCUGGAGCUGAGACAUGGACGAACCGGAGGUCCCCUGGGGAGGUCCGGCUGGCCCCAGCCUGCCGGGGCUUCUAGGUGCCUCUGAGUGACCGCUAGGUCCCUGGUGACCUGGCUGUUCUGCUUGGGUCUGGUGGGGGCCAGGGCUCGGGGCUAGGCCUGGAGAGGAGGUCGGAGGAGCGGGCACGCAGGGCCCAGGGCGAGGGGAGCCCGCCUGCCCCUGCCCAGUUUGCUCAUGGGCGCAUGAACUCAGGGUCCAGGAGGAAGCACAGGCCGAUCCCAGCGGCAA